AUGGCCCUGGUCGAGGCUGGCCUCCUCGAUCAACUCCGCGACGACCUUGGCUACACCCUCGACUAUGACGGCACCGUCCACUACUACGAAAACCAGAUCCCCGCCGAAGAUCCCGACCACCGCGGCAUGAAGAAGCCGCGCGCUGUGAGCGCCGUGACCGAAGCGCUGAGCGCACAGGUCUACGAGAAAGCCAAGCAGGGUCAGAUGGUCUUGACACUGGGAGGUGAUCACUCGAUCGCCAUCGGAUCCAUCUCCGGCUCGGCCAAGGCUACCCGCGAACGCCUGGGUCGGGAGCUGGCCGUCAUCUGGGUUGAUGCGCACGCCGAUAUCAACAUUCCGGAGAUGAGCCCUAGUGGAAACAUCCACGGUAUGCCCAUGGCGUUCUUGACGCGCUUGGCCCGCGAGGAGCAGAAGGACAUCUUCGGCUGGUUGCAGGAUGAGCACAUCGUCAGCACCCGUAAGCUGGUCUACAUUGGUCUGCGCGAUGUUGAUCGCGGCGAGAAGCAAAUCCUUCGGGAGCAUGGCAUUAAGGCGUUCAGCAUGCACGACAUUGACCGGUACGGUAUUGGCCGUGUGGUUGAGAUGGCUCUGGCCCACAUCGGAAACGAUACCCCUAUUCACCUUUCAUUCGACGUCGAUGCUCUGGAUCCGCAGUGGGCUCCCAGCACCGGCACUCCCGUGCGUGGCGGUCUGACUCUUCGUGAGGGUGAUUUCAUCUGCGAGUGUGUGCAUGAGACGGGCAACCUGGUCGCCAUGGACCUGGUGGAGGUCAACCCCAGCUUGGAGUCGGUAGGCGCCUCCGAAACCAUUCGGACCGGUUGCUCGUUAGUGCGCAGUGCACUGGGUGACACCCUCCUGUGA